UUGCUUAUGGUCUUGGAACUGUCUCGUGCUCCUGGAUGCAGCGUAUACUGAUUCUGGUCUCAGUCCUAAAUGGUGCAUACCUGGUCUCUUGUGCCACAGACAUCUCAUCAUGUGACCUUCCACUAAACAUACAGUGCAACUGUACCUUAGACGUCUCCCUGGGUGCUUACAACAUAUCCUGUGAAGGCAGUGUCACGGAUAGUCUGAUUCUGGCUGGAAAUUCCACUCAGCCAAUCAAAAUCUAUCAUCUGGAUCUCUCUUCCAAUCAGAUGGCGGGAAUUCCAGAGAACUUUCUACAAGGAAUUUCAGAAGUUUCCUUCUUGGAUUUAUCAAACAAUUCACUUACGGAUAUCCCGGUGGCCAUCUUCAUGCCUGGUUUGUCUGUUGGUGAACUGUGCCUAGAUCGUAACUUGAUCCAGUUGCUGAAUGUCAGCCAUCUUUCUCCACUGACCAACAUGAGUAGACUGGUUCUCUCUAACAACAACAUCACAGAAGUGACCGGUCGCCUUUCCUACAACGCCUCUGAGGGCAUACCUGCCUUAGACCUGUCGUUCAACCGACUGACCAAGCUGGACCCAACAGUCCUCUUCUAUUUAAGUGAUGUCCACUCUCUUGACCUUAGCCAUAACUCACUUCAGACCCUGGACAUCUUCCCCAGCAUGCUGACCAAACAUCUCAACCUCAGCUACAACCGGCUUUCCAAUCUGGCCAGUGAAACCUUUCAGCAUAUGGCUCAUCUCCAGGAGCUGAAACUAGCAAACAAUAACUUCCAGCAUGCCGUGCCACAGUGGUUUACAGGCCUUCAAAGCCUGACAACUCUCGACUUAUCCCACAACAACAUAUCUCGGCUGGCAAACAUGCUGCUUGCAAACCUACCUCGAAUUCACACCCUUGACCUCAGCCACAACCAGCUGGUCAAGGUCGGCUCGCAGGAGUUUACUGGGAUCAAAUCUUCUCUCAAAACUCUCAACCUUGGCUUUAACCGCAUUUCAGCAGUGGACAAGUUCAGCUUUGUGUGGUUGGAGCACCUCACUAGCCUGAUUCUUGCUGCCAACCACCAGUUGAACAGCCUCUACCAGGUUCAACUUCCACCUCAUGUGGCCUUCUUGGACCUCACCAACUGCUCCAUCAGCGAACUCUAUGCCUGUGACUUCAACCGCCUAGUCGACCUGAAGUAUCUCCAUCUCCAAGGCAACAAUCUCACAUGUGACUGUCACAUGACCUGGCUCCUCAAAUGGUGGCAAGAUUCCAUGGACAGAGACUUGAGAAUUCAGACUGAAAAGGACCAGCCUUGGAUCUGCAAAGUGCAGGACUCUCUUCUGAAUUUUCAUACUUUUCCAUCUGAGGAGUUUGUCUGCCAUGAGAAAGCUCACAAAUUGGCGUUCUGCGAAUCCAAUCCUGAACCGGAGUAUCAAACCAACUCCAAUGCAUCUGACAGUAUUCCGAUGGCAGAGGACAUUGACCUUCAGAUGAAUACCACGACCGACUCUGAAUCCAUCCUCUGUAGGUGGUCAAUCAGUUCCGCAUACCCCAUCUACGGAUUCAAGUUUGUGUUCUCCGGCUCGGAGGAGGGUGUGAAAGUGUCGCCAUGGAUACACAGAUCGCAGAGAGAGUACAUUAUGAACGACAUUCUCAGCUACACCAACUACAAUGUGUGCAUCAACGCCUACCAUAACCAGACCCUGCUGAUCGCCACAGCAUGUGACUCCAUCUACGUUAUCUCCUACAAAGUCUAUGUGGGCAUAAUGGCGGGAAUGGUGGCCAUCAUUCCCUGCUUUAUAGUACUCAUCAUCGUCAUAUGGAAGGACCGAGGGGCAUCUAAAUAUGAGCCACUUCUAGUGAAUAGAGACAGCCAUUCGAAAAAGGAGAUCGGAUUGAGGCGUGGCUUCAUGGUCACAUCGGCCCAGCCGUCCACAAAUCAGGCCUCCAACAGCAAAACCAGUAACAUCUGCCCUAAAGAGAUCGAAAGUUAUAUCAACGAAUCAUUUGCCUUCACAGACGAAUCGAGUUACAACUCUAGAAGUAGUCAGAACAAGUCUCUCCAUCCACAACCCGUCAAUGGUACAAGUGAGGCAAGUGCGCCAAAGGCAAAGGAGGACAGUUCAAGUCUUCCAUGGAAUUCAAUAGGUGCAAACAUUCAGUGCUGUGAUGUUGACCAUAGUGAUUUCUCUACCAGAGUGUGAAGUCAAGAGCAAAGAAGAACUUUUAGUUAUCUAUUUGUGGAUUCAUGAUCAGAGGUAUUCAGUUACUGAUGUAACUCUGUAAUCUGUGAUGAAGAAUCUAUGCUUCAGAUCUUUAUCAUUAAGCACAGUGCUGGGCCUUGAUGGACAAUCUCUCUCGAAGAAUUACAAAAGAUUUGUUCAGUGGCGAAGAAAACUAUCUGGCCAUUCAAGGUGAUAAAGUUUUGUCGUACUUUAUUAUAGUAGGGCGUGUGCUUUGGAUUGUAAGUUCCUAAAGUUUUUUGUAAUCAAACGAAAAUAGUUUACAAGACUUUCUCAACAUGUCUGAUGCCAGCAGGUCUGGCUAUUCAUAGUUUAUGUGUGACCGCCACAGCAGUGCUGAUGAGUGACACUGAUAACGUUGGUGCCAUGUGACCAUAUCAGUGCUCUGAGUGAAGUCGAUAACCAGUGCCUUGUGAGGUCAAUCUAUAUGGUGUCAUUUCAAGGUGACACUAUUCUUGUGAGAUAUUGACACUCAAGCUUUGAUUGUGCAAAACCUCCAGGUGUGUUUAUACCCAAAACCAUGAACAACCUUACAAGCACUGUAGAUAAUGACUGCUAAGGCAAAGAGAAAGGAAACUUCUGGUAGCCAGUAUGGUUAAACUAUGCAGGUUAUUGGGAAGCAUGAAUACUGAUAGUCUCGUGCAUUAAUCUAUGCUGAAAUGGACUUUAAAAAAUACACUCAACAUUUCCUCAUUUACACUUCCUCAACAUUUUACUGGUGUACAAAAUACCCUUUGUUUUUAUACAUUUUUUUAUCAAGUUUAUAUCAUUUCCAACAAGUAUCCACUCAAAUUGAAAAAACAAACAAACAAAAAAAAAAAACAAGUGGCAAAUGCUUGCCUAAUUUAAAUCUCUGAUCUUCAUUCCAAUUGGAGCUUGAUUUGUCCUGUGAUAUCACACACAUUACUUCUCAUAGGCAGACAAGAAUUUACACAAUAUCUUGCCUGUAUUCCAUGCCUUGUGAUACACUGUGCAAUUUGCAGUCAGAGUCAGUUCAUGUUCAACAAAUAAUAAGUUUCUCGAUUAGAACAGAGAUAGGGAAGGCUCCUCAGAAGUUUAGUUAAAUCAUGUGACACUGACCUACACAUGCCUUAUCUAGGUACAGGGUUUUUAACAUUAUGAACAUCAUGUGCUCUUUUACCCUGUCUUUAUCUGUGGUGUCAUGCAGUCCGCUUUUACUAGCAUUUCUAGUUCAUAAAAAUCCUAAUUUGAUAAGUUUAUUGAUCAAGAUAGGUUUAUGUGAAGUAUAUCAAAGGAGCAUGCCUAUAAAAAUUAACUGGUUCAGUUGAGAAAUAUUACACACAACUCCAUUAACUACAAAGUAACUUUUAUGAUUUACAAAGACUUGUAAACUUGUUUUAUGUAUGCCUGGCACUAACACAGUUGGUGUGUAAACAAUUUAAUACAAUUCUUCUUUAUAGAAAUUCAGCAAUGUACAACAUAUACACAAACAUUACAAUGCAUACAUUGAACACAUCACCUGUAUGAAAACCUGACUGCAAAAGGAAUAUAACACAAUUCUUGUACAUAGAAAGAUCUUUUUGGGGUAUUUUAUAAUGUCUGUCAGAAUAACACACUAUAUAUUUGUAAGAUAAACUUUUAAUGCAUUCAAUAAAUUCAUCCUCUCUAUAU